AUGUCUAGCCAGCAACAGAUCGAUCCGAAGAAGCAACAGGAGCUCCAGCUCCAGUACACCAAUUUCAAGAAUACCCUCCAGCAAUUAGCACAGAAGAUCGGCGAUAUCGAGCAGGAAGCUGAAGAGCACAAGCUUGUUAUCGAAACCCUUGACCCUCUUCCUCAAGACCGCAAAUGUUUCCGCAUGGUGAACGGUGUCUUGGUUGAGCGCACCGUUCAGGAUGUGCUCCCCACACUCAAGACGAACUCGGAUGGACUGAAGCAAGUACUGGAGGAUAUGCUCAAGCAAUACAAGUCAAAGCAAAGCGAGUUGGAUUCUUGGAAGAAGAAGAACAACAUCCAGGUUGUACAGCCUUAA